AUGAUGCUAGCUUUGGCAUCAAUCUAUGGCUGGUCUCUCUCACAUUUAGAUGUCAACAAUGAUUUUCUCUAUGGAGAUCUUGAAGAAGAAAUUUACAUGAUAAUUUCACCAGGUCUUGAGGUGGAUAGACUCAAUGUUGAGGGGGCCACUCCUGAGUCAACAUUGGUCUGUAGGCUAAAGAAAUCUCUAUAUGGCGUUAAACAAGCUUCAAGACAGUGGUACCUUAAGCUAUCAGAAGUUUUGAGAGGAUUUGGAUUGCAACAAUCGACAUAUGAACACUCAUUCUUCUACAAAUCUGAUACAGCAACUAGCUUCUUUGGCAUAGUAGUAUAUGUGGAUGAUAUAUUAGUAGCCACUACAGAUCCACAAAUGACAGAACAGUUCAAAGAGUUUCUGUCAAAACAUUUCAAGUUCAAAAACUUAGGAGCACCUAAAUAUUUCCUUGGAGUUGAGAUUGCUAGGAACAAGAAGGGAAUACAAAUCUCUCAAAGAAAAUAUGCUAUGGAUCUUGUCAAUGAUGCUGGUCUCCUAGGCUGCAAACCUUCAUCAACACCAAUGGAUUCCACAAAGAUACUUCAAUUGGAUUCUGGAACAUUAAUGGAGGAUCCAUCAAAGUACAGGAGGUUGAUUGGAAGACUCUUGUACUUGUGGAUCCAUAAAUUGAGUCAAUUUGUCUCAAAACCGUGUGUGGAUCAUUGGAAUGCAGCUGAGAAAGUGCUGAGAUACUUGAAGAAAACUCCAGGUUAUGAACUUUUCUUUUCAAGCAGUAGCAAACCUACAUUGAGUAUCUUUUCAGAUGCGGAUUGGGCAGCAUGCCCUGACACAAGAAAAUCCAUGACCGGCUAUUGCUUAUUCUUGGGAAACUCUCUGAUUUCAUGGAAGGACAAGAAACAAAAUACAAUAUCCAGAUCUUCUGCAGAGGCUGAGUACCGAGCCAUGGCUCAAGCUACUUGUGAAGUUGUAUGGGCCAAAGCUUUGCUUGAAGAUUUUGGUGUGAAGACAGAGAAAACAGUUCCUUUAUAUUGUGACAAUCAAUCGGCUAUUCACAUAUGUUCUAUAACCCGGUCUUUCAUGAGAGAACUAAGCAUAUAG